GGUAUCUAAAAUUCAAUAUUACAAAUUAAAUUCUUAGACAUUAUUUUAAGAAAUUUUCAUUCUAAUUCCUUACAGCGUUUGAUAUAGGUACUAGAAGAAGAAUUUCAUUUCAUUUUGUCUAGAAAACGAUUAAGAUGGUGUGGAAAACAUUGCACUUACUCUCCGCACUUGUAAUUGUAGCAGGAAAUAAACCAUUACACAUAAUUGUAAAAGAAGGGAAUGAAACAUAUAAAACAAUAUUUUGCCCUCUGCCUCAAAUUGUCCAAGUGUUAAGCGUCACGUAUACAACAUGCAACAUUUUUUGGAAUAAACCUAUUUUUGGUGACAAAUCUGUAAAUUAUGAUAUAUAUCCAAGUAAAGGUGGAGAGAAUCUGACUAGUUUAUUUUAUACAACUUCUCUUAAGGAAAUACCUUUUUCAAUUUCGAAUCUUGAACCUGGCUCUAAAUAUAAAAUCACCGUGAUAUCUAAAAUUUACAACCAAAUCCUUACUAAAAACUCUACGGAUUGCAUCACUAGAUCUAACAUAGAAUCUUCAGUCGAUUUGCUAAAUGUCACGAAUACAUCAUGUAAAAUUUAUGUGAAAACUUCUAUUGAUGAUAAUCAAUCCGUGAGAUAUUACAUAAAUCUAAAUAGCAAUUCAAUGUAUACUGUUUAUAUUACGGGAAAAAUUCCUUUUUCGGAAUCAAUUUUUACUUUUAAAGACCUUGUAUCUGGAGAUAUGUAUGAAAUAUCAGUGCAACCUGAAAUUAACAAUUGGAAUACAACUGCAGUUUCAACGAAGUGCAUCACUAAGUCUCAAUUGGAUCUACUUAAAUUGAUAAGCGUUACGAAUUCAUCAUGCACAGUUACAUGGACAAAACCAGCGAAUGAUCAGAGUUCGAUAUUAUAUUUUAUAGCAGCAAGUACACAAGAUUGGCAAGGCACUAUAAACUAUUUUAAAGAUUUCAAAACAAAAUUAUUUUAUGCUGUCAAAAAUCUGAAUUCUGAAGUCAGCUAUAACAUUACAGUGUAUUAUUUUAUUGACGGAAAAAAAUUUUCAUUAUCAACAACAUGUGAAACUUUAUCUUCAAAAACAGUUUCUAAGGGACAAUUGCAGCCACUCAAUCUGUUAAAUGUCACGUCUACAAGUUGUACAAUUCUUUGGAGAAAACCCAUGAAUGAUAAUCGUACCGUAAUAUAUUAUGUAUCUGUAAAAGAUAAUAAAUUUCAGUCCCCUAUUAACUAUUAUGAAACUUCUGAGUCGGAUGUACCUUUCACGAUUUAUUAUUUAUCACCUGGAUUCACGUAUGAUCUUUCAGUGCAAGCUAAAAUUGAUAAUCAGUUUACUAUUCCGAUUUCAACGAAGUGCAUCACAUUGUGAUGAAACAGUAAAAAUAUGUUUAUCUAUUUAAUAAAAGUUGUCAACUCAA